CCACUCUCCAGUAUCGGUUAUUCCAAUUUUCUUAUUCUUUCUUUUGUUGUUUCACUGGUCAACGCAGUUAUGAAGGUGAGAGUGAGAGGGAGAGAGAGAGUAGAGUUCAAGACUUUUCUUUAACUACUACAAACUAGAAAUCAUUUGUGAAGCCAAGGAAAAGGAAAAUCAAGCUCUCUUUCUCUCUCAUCCACCGCUUUAUUGAGAGUUUUGGAGAGAGUAGGAGAAGAAUAAAUCAUCUUUGCCUCUUUCUCUGCUGGUAGAGAUGUUGGGGUGUGAGUGUUUUUGGUGGAACAGUGAAUCCUCUUACCCUUCUGAGCCUGAGCCCUUCUCUCUGCCUGCACCUCUUCCACAGUGGCCACAAGGUGGUGGUUUUGCUAGUGGAAGAAUAAGCCUCGGAAGAAUAGAAGUUUUAAAAAUAACCAAGUUUGAGAGAGUUUGGAGCUGCACAAGUUCGCAUGGUAAAUCACAAAGUUUCAUAUUUUACAGACCUUUAGAGAUUCCAGAUGGUUUUUUCUGCCUAGGUCACUACUGCCAGACCAAUGAGCAGCCAUUGAGAGGACAUGUUCUUGUGGCCCGAGAAACCUUGCCUGAACCUGAAUCUGAUGAUUUCCAUGGUUCCAUGUUAGAAUCUCCAGCUCUUAGAAAACCAAUUAACUACUCUUUAAUAUGGAGUGCUGAUUCACCACAUGAUGGAUGUGGUUAUUUUUGGUUGCCAAAUCCUCCAGUGGGUUACAAGGCCAUGGGCAUAUUAGUUACUACUCAACCCCAUGAACCUGAUAUCGAUGAAGUUAGAUGUGUGCGAGCAGAAUUGACUGAAACUUGUGAAACUAGCAAUUUAUUACUAUCCAUGAGCACAAAAUUUUCAAAAAAUUCAUUCAAAGUUUGGAACACACAGCCUUGCAGAAGAGGGAUGUUGGGUAAAGCAGUGCCUGUUGGGACAUUCUUCUGCAGUACCUAUUCUAACUCUAAACAAGUGGCAGAUAUUGCUUGCUUGAAGAAUCUUGACUCCACCUUACAAGCCAUGCCUAACAUAGACCAAAUUCAUGCACUUGUUAAUCAUUAUGGUCCCACUGUAUACUUCCACCCGGAUGAGAUAUACUUGCCAUCAUCGGUGCAAUGGUUUUUCAAAAAUGGAGCACUUUUGUAUUCAAAAGGCAGUGAGAAGGGUAAAGCAAUAGAUUGUCAGGGCUCAAACCUACCUAGUGGAGGAAGAAAUGAUGGUGCUUUUUGGAUAGAUUUGCCUACUGAUGAUGAUGCUAGAAAUGUUCUAAAGAAGGGAAACAUAGAGAGUGCAGAACUCUAUGUUCAUGUUAAACCUGCUUUGGGAGGAACAUUUACUGAUAUUGCCAUGUGGGUUUUUUGUCCCUUCAAUGGCCCUGCCAUCCUUAAAGUGGGAUUGGUGAACAUUGAGAUGAACAAGAUAGGAGAACAUGUAGGUGACUGGGAACACUUCACCCUUCGUGUCAGCAACUUCACCGGAGAGUUAUGGUCUGUGUUCUUUUCUCAGCAUAGUGGAGGAGAAUGGGUAAAUGCAUUCAAUCUGGACUUUAUUGAUGGAAACAAACCAAUUGUUUAUUCAUCAAGGCAUGGCCAUGCAAGCUUCCCUCAUCCUGGGACGUACCUUCAAGGAUCAUCCAAACUUGGAAUAGGAGCAAGGAAUGAAGCAGCUAGAAGUAACCUGACUGUGGAUUCCAGCAUCAGAUAUCAGAUUGUUGCGGCAGAGUAUCUUGGUGACGAAGCUAUUACAGAACCAUGUUGGUUGCAGUAUAUGAGAGAGUGGGGUCCUACCAUUGUGUAUGAUUCAAGAUCUGAAAUAGACAAGUUAAUAGACCUGCUUCCGAUGUGUGUUAGAUUUUCUUUGGAGAACUUGUUUGGAUUGUUUCCAACAGAGCUUUAUGGUGAGGAGGGACCAACAGGGCCAAAGGUGAAGGCCAGUUGGGUUGGAGAUGAAAGAUGCUAGCUACUACUACUUCACUUCACCAUUUCUUCCUGUAUUACUGCUACCAGCCAUACCUUAGUUUCCACUCAUUAAAGUGAUCAGUGAACAUGCAAAAUCUAUAUAGAAAUCAGUUCUAAUGUGAUAUAAGUGGUUGGCUUCCUUGGACAUAAAUUGAGAUACACCUCAGAUCAGCUGUAGCAUGUAAAGCAGCACACUGGCAUGUUCUAAGGGUGCAAUACUGGGGUUUAAAUAUUUUCUGUAGGAGGCAUUACUUUGUUUAAUCAUGGUAUAAUUUAUUUAAGACAGAAAUUUAUAAAAUAAUCAGAAUUUUAAUUACUAUUGUCUACUAAA